GGUCGAUUGGACGAAGAUCGGACGUGCGGCGAGUCGCUGAGGAAGCCACACGGGCACACACAAAACCCACACGGCCGUGCAAGUGACCAAUGUGGCCGUGUGGGAUUGUGCGAGCCUUCACACGGGCACAAAUAAAUCCCACACGGCCGUGUGAAGUUGCAAUUUGGCCGUGUGGAAUUCUGCGAGGCUUCACACGGCCAGGAUGGGUGAGCUACAACGCCGUUUGCCCCUGGCAAUGUAGGAAGCCUGAAACCCACAUAAUCGGAACGCGGCGUUUUGACCUCACACGGGCAACUGGGUAUGCCACACGGCCGUGUGAGUCGGGAAUUUUUGGUUUUUACCCAAUUUCGGGCUGCAAGUGAGAGAAUCUGAUUUUGAGAGCAAAAACAGAGCCCUAGAGAGAGAAAGUACGAAGAACACAUCCUAGAAGCCAUCUUGGAGCUGGGUUUCAUCAAAUCGAACUUGGAGAUCGUCAUAGGAGUGGAAAUCAUCAUCCUAGACCAGAUUUUCCUCAUCUUUAUGAGUAUGACUACUCUGUAUUCUGUUUCCCUCUCUCUUUCUCUAUGGAGUAGAACCCUUCUCUCACUUGGGUAUGAAGAACCCUAGUUCCAUGUGUUAGGGAUAUGAUUGUAAUGACUUGGGAUGAUUAUACUGUUUGGUUUUAAUCGAAUGAUGCAUGUUUAUUGAAUUGAUUGAAGUCUGAUCAGCUUUUCUUGAUUUUUGCUGCAACCUGAGAUAGAUAGAAUCUGAUUAGGUUGUUAGAGCUUCAUCAUUCGGUAGUAGGAGAUUGGCUAUACGAGAGUUAGCCAGUUUACUGCUUUGUACAGGAAUCCGAUUCCAGUAGUGGAGUUUUGUGCUUAUUGCUUCAGCUUUCUAUCCCGGUGAAGACUAGUCGUCUGCCGGAUAGUUAGACUGAGAGGGCUUGGUCAGCUUAAGAGAUUCCAAGAUACUGUCGGAUCUUCCGCAAUCUAAUCAACAGUAAAUCAACCCAGGGUAAUUACAAUUGAAACCUAACUAAGGAGCUAGGGGGACUCAUUCCCGAGUGACUCUUCUUUGCUUGAGAAAAUCGUAUCAAUUCCUGCUUUCUUUCUGCUUUUGCUUAAAACAACAAUCACUUAACAUAGUUGGCUAGAUAAUAGAUAAUCACGGAGUAAUCAGUAGAUCUAGACACCGGGUUGAUAAUAGAACUUGCCACUUUACUGCAUUCCCGGACUGCGAUUACACUUGGUCGCAGUUUGGUGUUGUGUUUUGGCGUGUCAGUAACCAAGAAGGUGGAAGCCAAGGAACCGGGUUCUAUGAUCAACCUCCCUUCCAAGAAGAACAAGCAUACCAUUGGGGAUUUCAAGAAUCUCCCCCAUAUGAAGAAAACUUCCCUCCUCAAGUCGAGGAGAAAUCCAAGUUGGAGUUGGCAACAGAAGCUUUCAUGGGAAAAUCUUCAAGACCAUGUGCCACUCCACAACCGGAGCCGAAGAGCCAAUUGGAGCUCAUGGUGGAGUGGAUUGUUCGAGGCGCCGAUUAAGGGUGCUCGAACUUGGAUCUCCUACAACCCGAAGCGAAGUCCAAGUUGGAGCUUGCCAUGGAGAAUUUUACAAGAACAAGCUCCAACGCGGAUUUCCAACCCCUCCCUCCUCCCGGUUUGACACUAGAAGAGAAGGUGGCACAAGCUUGUGCAAGCUAUCGCCUCUCAUUAUUGGAGGAGAAGGUGGAACGGUCUUGUGCAAGCUAUCGCCUCUCAUUAUUGGUGGAGAACGGAGAGGUUGAAAGGGCGAGCAAUGACAACCGUGUGGAGCAAGAAGAACUCACCCGGAGAGCUCCCGUGGUUAGGAUGAACAAGAGGAUGCAUUAAUGACUCCCAUCACUUUCCCCUUCCCAAAAUCAACUUUGAAGACCAAGACACGAGUGUGGAUGAGCAAGAGAAUCCUUUCUAUGAUCUUGCAUGGCAUCUUGCCCUCCAAAUAGUGCUUAAAGAAAUGAAAGGGAAGGAGAAAGAAGUGGUUGAAGAGGAGGAAGAAAGCAUUAAAGAGGGGGAAGAUCUCGAGUGUUCCCAAAGGGAGUAAAUUAAAGAAGAAGGAAGGGAGGUUGAAGAUGAAGUAGAAGGAGCAAGUGGCGUCCAAGAUGAGGACGAGGUCGAGACGGAUGAAGCAUCCACAAGUUACGAGGGCUAUGAGAGCUUUCCACCCAACCUUGAUUCACUUUUGGGGAAGGACCCAUUUGCGGCUCUUUGCCAAGCCAAGGCCAAAACAUCGGUGAUCCCUCUUUGUGGAUGCGAUGGUGGUAAAUCGAUGAUGUACUACAUGGUAGGGGGCAAGGAGAAAAAGGAAGCAGGAGAGGUCUCGUGGGUGGAGCCUCAAAGCCACUCAAUUUCACGAGCCCUCGAUCAUGGACUCGUCCAAUGCUCGUAACUUGAGACAUCACCUCACCGACGAGAACUUCAACUUCAAGGAGGUUCUUGGGUGGACCAAAACUUGAAGAGCAACCGUUUGAUUCACAACAUUAAAGAAGCGCUUGGUGGGAGGCAACCCAACCAUCAAUGGUUUGCAUAUCUUUUCCUUUCAAUAAGACGACCAAUGGAGAGAUUUUGUUGGUAUUUUGCCAUCUCCUUGCUCUUCCGGAUCUCUCCCGACCUCCGAUCUCGACCACCAACAUUCACAUGGUAUCCGGUAACAUCGUUCUACCCCUUAUUUUACGCCUUUGAGGGAGCUUAAGUGUGGGGGGUAAUCCAUUAUGCAUGUGUGUGUGUGUGUGUGAAUGUUUGGCGUGAUUUUGAAUUCUUGGAGCCUUAAUGUAUCCCAAAUUUGAAAAAUUUUGAGGGCUCCAAGCAUUGCUUGUUCAAAAUAGUCGGUUGGAUGAUGAAUCUCGUGCUUAUUUGGCAUCGUUCUUGAAUUGUUUCAUAUAGUCGAGUGCAUCCUAUUAAGAUGACUGAGAGUGCAUUAGGAUUGUGCAAAGGCUUAGUUAUAAUGUGUGCUUAAAUGAAUGGCAUGUCUCGACUUGAUUACUCUUUGAUUACAAUUGCCAUGCAUCGAGUUUGUGAAUGUGGAAUAGACGAUUGGGCGGCUAGGUAGCCUGUGAGUUUUGAGCCGAUUGUUUUCUUCUGGUGUGAUUGUUCCCUCUCACCACGGUGUGUAGCAUCACAGUUUUCAUUAGCUAGUAGGAUAGAGGCAUAGGAUUAGUCCACGCCCAAAUGUUGAUGUCCUGAAAUGUUCUACCCCAUAGUCAACCCCUUUGAGCAUUGUGACAUCCAGGGUCGUUCUUAUGUUAGGAGCUUCUUGCUUGUGAGCUUUAUGGUGUUGAUAGAAAGACCCCAAUCCUUUCUCCGUGUCAUUACAUGAGUCAUCCGUGUAUCCCAGAGCUCUCACUUUUGAGUUCCAUUGAGUUUCUACAUAGGAGAAUUGUGUGCGGCUCUUGCUAUGAAUGAAAAAAUGAAUUAUAGUGUUAGAGUGAGUUCUUGAAAAAGAGAGUGUUGGUCGGUAAAUGUAUAGGUGGAAAAGUUUUUACUCCCUAGUACCCCCCUCAAAAAGAAAAGAAAAAAAAUAAAGAAAAAAAAGAAAAGAAAAAGGAAUCGAAAAAGAGGUAAUAAAAUGGGGUAAAUAAA